AACCACCUCCUGGCAGCCCGCAAAGCCUUUGAUGCCUUCUUCUCCCACUAUCCCUAUUGCUACGGCUACUGGAAGAAGUACGCGGACAUGGAGCGGCGCUUCGAGUGCGUGUUUGAGCGGGGGCUUCAGUCCAUCCCCCUCAGCAUGGACCUGUGGAUCCAUUACAUUUCCUACCUCCAAUCCACCCUGGACAUGAACCUUCCCGAAUCCAUCCAGAAGAUCCGCAGCGUCUUCGAGGCGGCGGUGGCAGCAGCCGGGAUGGAUUUCCGCUCGGAUAAACUCUGGGAACUCUAUGUGGAAUGGGAACGGGAACAAGGAGACCUUCGUGCCGUCACCGGGAUCUAUGACCGGGUCCUCUCCAUGCCAACCCAACUGUACAACCAUCACUGGGAGAAAUUCAAGGAACAUGUUCUCCACAACCCCCCCAAAGACAUCUUAUCCCCAGAGGAGCUCCUCUGGGUCCAAUCCAAGCUGGCCACCGAUCCCGUGCCAAAGCCUCCGGAGCCGGAGGGGACGGAAGUGCCACCGGGAGAGGAUUUGCCGCCCGGCGUGGAGGGGAAGGCGGCAGCGGCAGCUGUGAACGCUCAGGAGGAUCUAGACCAGGAAAAGAUCCGGGAGCUGGUGAUUUCCAUGCGGCAGCAAAUCUACGCUCAGAACGAGGCAGAAGUCAGCAAACGCUGGAACCUGUAUUCCCAGAUCAAGCGUCCCUAUUUCCACGUGAAGCCCUUGGAGAGGGCUCAGCUGCGGAACUGGCGGGAUUACCUGGACUACGAGAUGGCCGCGGGCUCCCACGAACGCACCAUCGUCCUCUUCGAGCGCUGCGUCAUCGCCUGCGCCCUCUACGAGGAAUUCUGGAUCAAG